AUGACAGAAAACGAUAAAUAUAGAUUCAAAGAACCAAAAUUUUCAUUCACAGAUUAUUAUAAAGAUUUUAUCAAUUUAUAUCCAGAGGAGUUUGAUCAAGUUUCAAAAGAUAUAAAAAAUUUAAAAAGUGGAGAAAAAAAGUUUCAGGUUGAAGCAUCAUGUUAUGAUUUAAAAAUAGAAUAUGAAGAAUGUAAAAAAAAACUAUCAUUUUUCCACACAUAUUUUUGUUUUGAAGAAGCCAAUAAAUUUCAUGAAUGUGUAAAAGUAAAUGAUAGAAAAUUUGAUAGAUAUUUGAAAUAUUAUAUUUAUAGUAAUAAACAAUCAUACAUGGAAUAUUGGGAAAAUCAAGAAAAGGAAUAUUUAGAAAAAUUACAAAAAGAGACAUCAAAAAAAUAA